GCUGCCAGUGAAUGAGAGCUUUGUUUUCCUCUUGUCUAUUCAUAUUUCUAAACUUUUAGUGGAAUUUUAAACAGAUUUUACACAUUUUUAUGUGAUGGCUUGAAUUGCAUAAACUGCUGUCUAAAGUAGUAUUGCACUGCAAUCUUUAUCCCUUUCUGGAUAAAGAUUGACUUUCAGCUUAAGCUCCUUUUUGUAUUUUUCUUAAUUGCAACUCUUGUUCAAUAAUCCUUGGCUGCUUUGUUCUCACGUUUUAAAACUUCAGCAAAAUUUGUGGGAAAAUUGAUUGACAGCAGACCUUGCGUACCAACUGUAUCAAGCUGCCUACAGUUUGACUUGAAAAUGGCAACUGGUAUUAUAGUCCUUAUGUCAGAACCUUGAUACAAACGGACAUUGGUUGUAAGCUAAUCACACGAACCGCAGUUUGAUGCUGCUGAUGUGAUUUGUCUGCCAAGGAUAUUAAAACACCAUCAUAUAGAUUGUUUUCAUUGAGAAGCAUCCCAUACCUGCAGUCCCAAAAACUGGUCUCAAGUAUUCUUAAAGACGUUAUGCGUAUAUUGCUGUUAAGCGCAAAUGCUGCACAGUAAGAUCAUGCAGUAUUAAAAGGAGAAUAUUACUGCCUGAAUCAGAGUGCGUUUUGGCUGCUUGUUAAAAUAAAGGGAUAGACUGCUUGGUUUAUAGUGCACGGCUCACCUUUACAACCAAAACAGCACCACUGCAGCUCUUGCAGUUUCAGAAAUGCUGUUUGUGCAAGCAUUUAUGAUUAGCAAAAGCUUUGAAAAUCCUUGUGCAAGAAAUGGUGUAGCUGCCGUUGCAGUGGAGGGGAAGGGAGUUGUUUGCUUUUGCUGUGUAUGUUAUUUCAUGGAGGUAUUGCUUUACCUCACCAGUAAAACUCCUUCCCUGCGCGAGGGAAAUUCCUGGUUCAUCAGUAUGGAUGCAUUGUUUUUACACAUUAGAAGUGCUGUGUUGCCAUGUCAAUCAUCCCAUUAGGAUCAGUUUAAGAGCAGUAGGGCUGACGAAGCUGGGUGUGAUUGGCUGCCAUAUGCUGGGAGGGCUCUGGGAGAAGGAAGGGCUGCAGUCUUUCAGCAACAGAGUUUAGGCUCUGUCUUUGCUUCAUCAUCUGAGGAAAAAUCCCCAGAUAAGGCACAAGGCUUUCUGAGCGCGCAAAAAAAAAAAAAAGAAAAAUUACGGGCUGCUCAUCGUUUCAUGUGACAAUUACUUACCAUGAUGCGAUGGGAAAGAUAUGGCUGUUUGUUUAUAUCGGAUGUUCCUGUUCACAUUGGGAAUGUGCCGAAUAGACAGGGCUAAACAAGAUCAAUAAUUUUUAUCAGUUUCUGAGUGGAUGAUAAACAGCGUUUCAGGAAGGUAUGGGUGUCGCACAUUGCUGAACUCAUAAAUAGAGACAAGGUCAGUGACUUAAAAAGUGCCUUUGCCAAGUCACUUUUACGAGCGAGGACUGCUACGCCCGUGUUCUCAAAAUCCUGUCUUUGCCAGCCAGACAUUGCCUUCACCUUACACCUGGCGGAAGAUACCUCAGCUGUCUCCAUUUGCCAAUUAGUUGAUGGGAAACUGAAAGCAGGAAAAGAGGAAGAAUUAUUAUUCCUGGGACAUGAACAAAUGACUGCAUUGCUUUUCUUGUGUAAUCAAUACCAGCAAGCAACCGUCAGAGAACUGCUAUUCUAUCAAGGAGUGCCAUUGCAUUGAAGGACCUUGGCUUAAAACUGGUUCAUCCGUGAUACAAUCAACAAGCCCACGUGUUUUACAGACAGAAAUGCGACUGAGCAUGGUUUUUCCCAGCCAAAAGUCUACAAGUGGGACUUAAUGAUUGAUGAGUAACUGCUUGCUGAUAAACUUUCUCUGUUUAUUCUGCUUUGUGUGCGUUGGACCUCGUUAAUCGUCCCCCACUUUUUUUUAAACUUUCUUUUCAAUUGGAAUUGAAAUUAUUUUUUUCUGGUUGUUUUUUUGUUUUUUUUUCUUUUUCCCUCCCUUCCCUUCGUCAUUAGUUUUGGAAAUUUCUUCGGCAUAAUUCACUUGACAGCAAUUUACAAAUUCGAAAUCAGCUUUUCAUCAUGGCUUUGAAUGUUGCUCCCGUAAGAGAUACAAAAUGGCUAACAUUAGAAGUGUGCAGGCAGUUUCAGAGGGGAACUUGUUCACGCUCUGAUGAAGAAUGCAAAUUUGCACACCCCCCUAAAAGUUGCCAGGUUGAAAAUGGGAGAGUUAUUGCCUGCUUUGAUUCCUUAAAGGGUCGUUGUACAAGGGAGAACUGCAAGUACCUUCAUCCACCAACACAUUUAAAAACCCAACUGGAAAUCAAUGGCAGAAACAACUUAAUCCAACAAAAAACUGCAGCAGCAAUGCUUGCCCAGCAAAUGCAGUUCAUGUUUCCAGGGACACCACUACAGCCAGUGCCCACAUUUCCAGUGGGUCCCACAAUAGGAACGAACACAGCUAUUAGCUUUGCUCCUUACCUAACGCCAGUAACACCGGGAGUUGGCUUAGUCCCGACUGAGAUCCUACCCACACCGCCUGUCAUUGUUCCUGGAAGUCCACCGGUUUCAGUCCCCGGUUCAACUGCUACCCAGAAACUCCUGAGGACUGAUAAGCUGGAGGUGUGCAGGGAGUUCCAGCGGGGAAACUGUGCGCGUGGAGAGACUGAUUGCCGCUUUGCACAUCCGGCAGACAGCACAAUGAUUGACACAAACGACAACACCGUAACCGUGUGUAUGGAUUACAUAAAAGGUCGUUGCAUGAGGGAGAAAUGCAAGUAUUUUCACCCUCCUGCACAUUUGCAGGCCAAAAUCAAAGCGGCGCAACACCAAGCCAACCAGGCUGCGGUGGCAGCCCAGGCAGCUGCGGCAGCUGCGACUGUGAUGACUCAGUCGACUGCCAAAGCAAUGAAGCGACCUCUCGAAGCAACUGUAGACCUGGCCUUUCCUCCUGGUGUUCUUCACCCUUUACCAAAGAGACAAGCACUUGAAAAAAGCAAUGGUGCCAGUGCCGUUUUCAAUCCCAGUGUCUUGCACUAUCAACAGGCUCUUGCCAAUGCUCAGUUGCAGCAACACGCAGCGUUUAUCCCAACAGAUAAUCCUGAAAUAGCUGGCAGGAGCGGAACGGAGUGUCACGAAGCCUCCCUGCGGACGGCCAAGCACGGCUACUGUACAUACUACCCCGUCUCCUCCUCUCUAGAGUUGCCACAAACUGCAUGCUAAGUCAAGAAUUUGUUCUUACGGACAAAUCACAAACUCGAAAAAGCUAGUGCUGCUAUGUCAUAUAUGAAUAUUAAAUAUGGUAUGCUUACUAUACUCCAACCUAAAAUAGUUAACUACCUGAUACCAGCUGUGAUGUUUCAAGACAUAAAGGGUAACAUUUAGUUUUAAAGAUUUUCUAAGCAUAGUUUAAUCCUUGCAAAUAUUGUCUUUUCUCCAUAACUAUACCUAACGGAAACGGUCCAGUUAAGUUAGUCUUGUGAGAUUCAGUGUUUAUGAAUCUUUCGAGCGCAGCAAUAAUUAAGUUGUAUCGGCUAAAAACUUACCCCAGUUGCAGGUUUAAUUUUCACCCGAACUAUGAUUGGGGUUUUUCUUCUUCGUUAAAAAAAAUCUUGUUCUUGCUCCCCUAGCGAGUUGAUUCCAAGACAGAGGAAGCGAAACGCAGCCCAGUGUCCUGCACAUCACCCUGCCAAUCUGAAUAUUUUUAGCCAGAAGUCCAAAGUAAAGCACAAGUUCUUUAGAUGCACAUGGUUGGUGUUUGACUUGUAUGGAGAAGCUGCAUUUGAAUCAUAGCAGAAUAGCAGAAGAAAAUUAAAAAAUUUUGCACAGUAUGAACUUCAUACCCCUUUCAAUCCCCAAAAGAACAAAGUCUUGAGAAUAUUAUUUUACAAGUAUAUUUAUAAUGUUUUUAAAAGAGACUUUGCAGAAGUGCCUAAAUUUUGUCACAUCAGACUUGAUGAAAGUGAGCCUGAUGCCAACAGUCAAAUCUCACCGGAAGCGAAUAAUCUUUCAAACUCCUAGUCAGGUUACCAAAAAGAUCCAAGCUGUUAAGAAGUAACUUCUAGAAGUGUAAAAUCAAACAAAAAAAAGACUCAAAAAAAAGACCAAACAAACAAAAGAAAAGGCGAAAAAGAAGGCUGUAGAUGAAGAGAUUUGUAUGAUACUCUAAUUUAAUUAAAACUCAGUUGAGUCACUGAAACUUCAUAGGUGACUUUAAUCUAGGCUAUUAACUGAACACUAAGAAUGUAGAAUGAGAUUCAGUUCAAUAAAUCAUUACUGUAUUUGCAUUUUUUUAAUUGGAUUAUACGAUUGUAACCAGAUUAGAGUGGAGAAAAAAAUAGUUCUUUUAAUUGUUUUUCUUUAAAAACAUAUUUUAUGUCACAAAAGUAUGAAGAUAUCUUUAAUACAAUUAUAUACAUAUUAUAUAUACAUACAUACAUAUAUAUGGAUGAAGCAGAUUUUAAUGUUGUUUACUUUUUUAAAUACUUUGUUGAUUUACAAGGUAAUUAUAUAUGUAUAAUUAAAAUUUCAUUUGUUUGAUUUGAGAUUUGUUUCAAGCACUAUUGUACCAAAUAUUUCAUAUUUCACAUUUUAUAUGUUGCACAUGUAUCACAUAAAUGACAUAGUUUUUAAAUUAUUGUUUAAAAAAACAAGACAGCUGUUAUAAAAGGAUAUUAUGUAUAAUUGUUUGCAGCAUAAGUUUUCUAUGUGGACAUUAUUAGUGAUUGCAGUAUUUUAACUUAACCUCUUCAGAUUGAUUGUAAACUAUUUUAAACUUUGGCAGCACUGCCCGUUCUGAACGACUGAAGGCACUAACCAUAUAAUUAUUUGUCUAGGAAAUUAUUUUCCGGGCUAAAUCUUGUUUGUCCGAUGUCUAAUUACUAUCUAUUUAUAUAUAAAGCUGGAGAUUUGAUCAUCAGAAAGAAAAAAAUAAUCACAAUUUGAUUGUAAAAUUAACAUAGUGCUUGUAACGUUGCGUUAGUUUUAAUUUGUGGAAAAAUAAUGUAUCUUAACUCGUUACUUUAGCAGUUAAGGUAUCACCAUUAUAUACUAUUAAAACACUAACAUUUGUAGACUUUCUCAGUCAUUAUAACUAGGUAGUUGACACUGCAACUGGCCUAUAUCUGUCAAAGUUGUUUUUAUUUUUUUAUAAUAGUUAAUUUAGGCAUUUGGGUAGCUUAUUGUAUAAUACUAAAUGGUAAAUUAUCCAUGUUGUUUAAAUAUUUGAUGUAGAUAACUCUUCAAGACAUUGUUUUGUGUGAACUUUUUAUGUUUCGAAAUAACUGUUAUUCUAUGUUUUUUACAAUUAAUCCAAUACUACUAUUUUUUGCCCAUGGAUGACGAAGCUUCAGAUACAUCAGGUCUUUCAUCCAGAUAAACUGACAGACAAAAAGAGAAAAUGUAUUUUUAAUAAGAGAUCCACUUUCCGACUUUAUGACUUUGUAAUAUUCCUGAAAACUGUACAAGUACAACCCUAUGCUAACAGUAAGGAGGCAAUUACAGAGAUGUGCAAAUACGUGUACAACAGAUUCUGCAUUUUAUUUAUUUAUAAAGUAAUUUUAUAGACUAUUUCAAAAUUUGGGAAGAUCUAAAACUAUUUUUCUGUAUAAAUAUUAUUUGCCAAAACUUUGUUUAUAUUUUAAAAAAAAAGUCUAAUGAAAAUGAUUAAAUGCUUUGUUUAAUUAAAAAAAAAAAACACCAACAAAUAAAACCCCCUAAAAGAACCAUGAGAUGGGCCAACACAGAGACAGUGAAUACUGUAGCUGGGACAUGGUUUCAAGUUACUUGAGAUGUCUCAGCGUUUAUUUUCUUCAAAGGAUACAGCACCUCACCAAAAUACCUUUUCGUUUGCCUCUCUCAUCCAGCAUAAUUGACGACGUGUACGAUGAGUAUUUCGGUAACAGUUCAAAGAAACCCCUCCAUUCACUCUUUUUCAGCAUAUAACUACUAGUGGUCUGUUAAAUAGCCAUUCUAUUUCUGUUGUGACGUUAAAUUCAUUCACCCAAUGUACAACCACUGAAAUAAAAAGAAGCAUUUUAAAAUGAGA